AUGAAGCUUUCCAACCAGUCCGAGGUGCCGGUCUACACCAUCUCCGGCUCGAAUACGGCUCGUCCACUUCCAGAAUGGCUUGCCAGACGACGCAAGCGCAGUUUGAAAAAUGAUCCGGAGUAUGCGAAUCGAGUCGAGCUACUCCAAGAUUUCGAGUUCGAAGAAGCUAGCCAAUGUAUUCGGGUCAGUGAGGAUGGCGAAUGGGUCAUGAGCACGGGAACCUAUAAACCUCAAAUUCACACCCAUCAUCUCCCGCAGCUGUCGCUUUCAUGGGCUCGUCAUACGGAUGCCCUGAACACAACCUUUAUUCUCCUCUCGUCCGACUAUUCGAAAUCCCUUCACUUACAAUCCGACCGUUCCCUUCAGUUCCAUACACCCUCCGGCUGCCAUUACACCACAAGACUUCCCCGCUACGGUCGUGAUCUGAUCUACGACAGAUUUUCCACAGAUGCGCUGGUCCCCUCUGUCGGCGUGAACCAGGAUGGAAUGGGUGAGGUGUUUCGACUGAACCUCGAGAUGGGUCGUUACAUGCGCAGCUUCGAAGUCGAUGUCGGUGGUGACGAUUUCACCUCAGCCGGUGGAGGAGCGUUGCAGGGUGGUAUCAACACCGGAGCGGUCAACACGGGAGCCAUCGCCGAGGACAGUCACGGUCUUUUGGCCUUCGGUACCACGCUAGGAACCGUGGAGCUAUGGGACCCCAGAGCCAAGGGCAGAGCGGGCAUUCUACUCCCACCCACACAAUCAGCACCCGACGAUCUGCGGUCAGAGAUUACGGCACUAGAGUUCCAUCGCUCGGGGUUGACUCUCGGAACUGGCUCUUCCAACGGUCUCAUUCACCUGUACGAUCUUCGAUCCCCGGUUCCUCUUCUUAAGAAGGAUCAAGGGUACGGCUUCCCCAUCCACACGCUCAAGUUCCUUCAGCCAUCGACAUCCACCCGUGAGCAGACUAUGGAACCCAAGAUCCUCUCGGCGGACAAGAAGAUCAUCAAGCUUUGGGAUCCUCGGGAUGGCACUCCUUGGACGUCUGUGGAACCUGCUGUUGACAUCAACUCCGUCGCCUGGUGCAAGGACAGCGGAAUGCUCUUGACUGCCAACGAAGGUCGGCAGCAGCAUGCAUUCUUCAUCCCCCAACUUGGACCCGCCCCCAGAUGGUGCUCGUUCUUGGACAACCUGGUGGAGGAGAUGGCCGAGGACCCCAACGAUCCCAACUCUUUCAGCACUGGCCAGUCUGGCUCUGUUUACGACAACUACAAGUUCUUGACUGUUCCUCAACUGAAGACCUUGAACCUGGAGCAUUUGAUUGGCCGGACCAAUCUCCUGCGCCCUUACAUGCACGGUUACUUUGUGGCUCAGCGCUUGUAUGAAGAGGCUCGACUGAUCACCAACCCGUACAUCUGGGAAGAACAGCGUGCCAAGCGAGUCAAGGAGAGAAUCGACCAGGAGCGUGAGAGUAGAAUCCGCGGCAAGAAGAAGGCGGCCGUCAAGGUCAACAAGAAACUCGCCGAGAAACUCAUGGCCAUCGAGGACAAGAACGAGCGUCGCAAGGCACAGCGCGUGCUUAACCGUGGCGGCGACGAAGACAUGGUCGAUGCCCCUGCAACAACCGACAAGCCCGAGGCCGAACAGAAGGGUCUGCUCGGUGACAGCCGUUUCACCCAGCUGUUCGAGGAUGAAGAUUUCGCCAUCGACGAAACCUCUCGCGAAUUCCAGCUUCAAAACCCCAGCACCGUUCCCGACCAGUCCACCAGGAAGGAGCGAGGCCUCACAGCCGUGGAGCAGGAAGCAAUUGACGACGUGCCCGGCUCGAGCUCUGACGAUGAUGACUCAGACUCCGACAAUGAGCAAGCACGACCCGUCCAAGAAAAGCCCUCCAACAAGAUCUCCACCUCGUCCUACAAGCGCACCAAUCGUCCCCAGCCGCGCAUGCAGGUUUCCUCCUCCAACGCCGCCAACUCCUCCCGCGAUCGUUCUUUCGGUUCUCGGGCGCAGAAUAUGCGCACUAAGCAAAAGCCUGCGCGCCGUGGCGGCGGCGUGGUCGGCGAGCGAGAAGUGACGUUCGCGCCGCGUGUGGCGUCCAAACGAGCCCCGGAACCACAGUUUGACAAGACCAGUUUCAAGGCGAAGGAGCGACGAAGCGCUUCCGGAAACACGUUCCGAAAGAUGUGA